AUGGCAUCGAAAUGUCCUGCUUCAAAAAUUACUGAAGAAAUGCGAUCGUAUGUAUUAAAAGAACACAAUAAGCUUAGAUCGCAGUUAGCAAACGGUGAAGCAGAAGCAUCGAACGGGCUUAUGCCAAGAAGUUCGAACAUGCAUGAAUUGGAGUGGGACUGCGGCCUGGAAGAAAGAGCGCAACAGUGGGCUGAAUAUUGCGAUUUCGAGCAUUCAACGCAAGAAUUCCGUAAUUAUAGCGGUGAGAAUUUGUAUGCCAGAUGGGGAUAUGAAGAACCGAAAUUAGAUAAAAAACAAUUCGAAGAUGCGAUAGAAGGAUGGUGGUGGGAGGAAAUAAAAGAUAUGCCAGCACAUUCUACUAUGGAUGGUACUCCAGGAAGUGUUUUGCAUUUUACUCAGAUGGCGUGGGCAAUCACAAGCAAACUUGGCUGUGGAAUGGCCAAAUGCCACAAUAAUAAUGGAUACCCAUUUAUGGUUCAUGUCGUUUGCCAUUAUGGCCCAAGAGGAAACUGGGAUAAGACAAUCUAUGAAGAAGGUGAACCAUGUAGCAAGUGUCCGGAUUAUGGCAGAGUAUGUAAUGGUAAUGGUCUUUGUGCUGCUGGUGAUAAACCCGCUGAAGCGACUCAUGAUGAUGAAACUCCAAGCGAAGAGCCUGAAGAAGAACUUAUAAGCCAUGAGGAAACCGAAAUGCCAAGCGAAGAACACGAAGAACACACUGAAGAUGAAACGAUAAUGCCAGAGGAAAUUGAAAAGCCUGAUAGUUCAUGUUCUGCAUCGAAGAUUACUUCGGCUGGUCGAGAAAAUAUUUUGAAGAAGCUUAAUGACAUUCGGACGAAAGUUGCUAUGGGCCAGUUCUCGACAUCAGAUGGAACGUAUCCAGCAGCCAAGGAGAUGUACAAACUGAGAUGGAAUUGUACGUUGGAAAAGCUGGCUCAGAAACACGUGGAGAAAUGCAAAUAUGAUCACUCGGAGUAUUUCCACAAACAUUUUUAUGGCGAUGGUGUUGGUGAAAGUUUGUUUUCGAAAUGGACUCUUGACAACAAUCCUACAGAUGAUAUGUUAUCAGUGGCGGUUGAUGAGUGGUUAAAAAGUAAACCAAUGGGAGAAACAAGUUUAUCAAUGGACAAAUAUUUCGAAACGUUGAAUGAAGAUUUAGCGCAGAUAAUCACAGCACGCACAACAGAUGUUGGCUGUGCCGUAUCAUUCUGUGAAUAUGCUGAGCAUCGCCCUUAUUACUUCCAACUUGUUACUUGCAAUUACUAUCCAAAUGGACAACAGUGGAGCACCGCCAUAUAUGAAGAAGGUGGGAAAUGCAGCAGUGAUAAGGAAUGCACGACGUAUUCUCCGUCAAAAUGCCUAUCGGAAGGCUUAUGUGAAAGACUAUAA